AUGGGGAAUUGCUGCGCGUCUCCGGUGGAUCCAUCGGAGAAGAAGCCGAAGAAGGGGAAGAAGCCGAACCCUUUCUCUUUGGACUAUAACAAGGGCCAGUCAGGCGGUGGUAGCAAGCUCACGGUGCUCAAAGACCCCACCGGCCGCGACAUUGAGGCCCGCUACGAGCUCGGGCAGGAACUUGGCCGUGGAGAGUUCGGUGUGACAUAUCUCUGUACUGAUAGGUCCACCGGCGAGUCGCUGGCCUGCAAGUCUAUAUCGAAGAAGAAGCUGAGGACGGCGGUGGACAUUGAGGACGUGCGCCGAGAGGUCGAGAUCAUGCGCCACAUGCCGACGCACCCUAACAUUGUUAGAUUGAAGGAUACGUAUGAGGAUGACAGCGCGGUGCAUCUCGUCAUGGAGCUUUGCGAGGGCGGGGAGCUCUUCGAUCGAAUCGUUGCCCGCGGCCAUUAUACGGAACGCGCUGCCGCCGUCGUCACGAAAACCAUUGUUGAAGUUGUGCAGAUGUGCCACAAGCAUGGAGUGAUGCAUAGAGACCUCAAACCUGAAAACUUCUUGUUUGCAAAUAAAAAGGAAACUGCUGCACUCAAGGCAAUUGAUUUUGGGUUAUCUGUAUUUUUCAAACCUGGUGAACGCUUUACUGAGAUUGUUGGUAGUCCUUAUUACAUGGCACCAGAGGUUCUUAAAAGAAAUUAUGGUCCUGAAGUUGAUGUCUGGAGUGCUGGAGUUAUUUUAUACAUCCUUCUUUGUGGUGUACCACCAUUUUGGGCAGAGACUGAACAGGGAGUGGCACAGGCAAUUAUUCGAUCUGUAAUAGAUUUCAAAAGAGAUCCAUGGCCUAGAGUAUCUGAUAAUGCCAAAGACCUUGUCAAAAGGAUGCUUGAUCCAGAUCCUAGGCGAAGGUUAACUGCUCAGGAAGUACUUGAUCAUCCUUGGUUGCAGAAUGCCAAAAAGGCACCGAAUGUCUCUCUUGGUGAAACUGUUAAGGCAAGGCUCCAGCAGUUCUCUGUUAUGAACAAGUUCAAGAAGAGAGCACUCAGGGUGGUUGCUGAACAUUUGUCGGUGGAAGAAGCUGCAGACAUCAGGGAAAUGUUCCGGGCUAUGGACAUAAACAACUCUGGGAAAUUAACUCUUGAGGAGCUGAAACUUGGUCUGCAUAAGCUAGGCCAUCAAAUUGCAGAUGCUGAUGUUAAGAUUCUAAUGGAUGCUGCUGAUGUUGAUGGCAAUGGGACACUGGAUUAUGGAGAAUUUGUUGCUGUGUCAAUUCAUCUGAAAAAGAUAGGGAAUGACGAACACUUGCACCGUGCCUUUGCCUAUUUUGAUCAGAACAAGAGUGGUUAUAUCGAAAUCGAAGAACUCAGAGACUGUUUAGCAGAUGAUUUGGGCCCAAAUCAUGAGGAAGUCAUUAAUGCCAUUAUUCACGACGUUGACACAGACAAGGACGGGAGAAUUAGCUACGAUGAGUUCGCGGCAAUGAUGAAGGCAGGCACAGAUUGGAGAAAGGCGUCGAGGCAGUAUUCGAGGGAACGGUUUAAUAGUCUCAGCCUAAAGCUCAUGAAAGAUGGAUCUUUGCAUUUAAACAAUGAGGGUAGAUGAAUUCAGAAACAAACAUAGAUCAAUGCAGUUCAAAAACAUUGAUUCCUUUGGUUGGUUUUGCAAGAUUCAUUCUUUCAUGGUCCCCAAUUUUAUCUCAAUCAUUGAUAAUUCUUUCAUCAGAAGAGAUUAAUUUUCACCAGAAGUUGUAUGAAGUGAAGGACAAGACGUAGGAGGGAACGUGUUUGGUUUUUGGUUGUAAAUAUCUAAUGUGGCUUAGUUUUGACACAUUAUGCUACAUUUUGAGUGUUGUGUGAUUCCCCUUCUGUAGAACUUGUUUGGUUUAAGCAAUCUGUUCAAAAUCUGUGUUAAUAUUUA